GCAGGAUUUCCUGGAAGGAUGAGUCGUUAAGAUUUACCUUCAAGAAUGGUACAAUACGCGGUGCUGUCUUUCUGGCUUUUGGAGAAGGCUUUUUGACAAAUUUCUGGCGAGCCCCGACAGCUUCGGAGCAGAGAACGACCAGCCUGCCAAAUUACGUGAUUACUACAGAGAACCAUCAGCGUCCACGAGUCACGACCCUUCACUUCACCGCACCAUCCUCUCUUCACAGAGAAUUCCCAGCCAUUUUGAGAUUGGAGGUGAUACAGACCCAAGGGUAGCCACUUCCCUUGGAAUAAAAUGUUUAGGAAGUUUAGGAUACUACCCACACGCAGGGGAUGGAAAAAAUUCCUGCUGUUGGUGGCCUUUGCUUCAUUUGCAUGUUGUGUCAUUCAUAUGAGGAUAAAGUUAACAAUAGACCACAGCUGGCUGGAUUUCACUGACAUUGAGCCAGAGGAUAAGUGCAACUGCACAAAGAUCCUACAGCAGGACCCAGAAGAGAUUGAACAAGCAAAGAUUCUGUCAAUCACCGUCGAUUUUAGGAAGAAGAUUCGGACCACGGAUGAGCAGUUCAUUGAGUUAGCCAGAGACUGUGACAAAUUCAUACAGAUGCGUAAAUACCUGACUACCCCCCUGACCCAAGAGGAAGAAGAGUUUCCUAUCGCCUACUCAAUCGUCAUCCAUCACAAGAUACAGACUUUUGAGAGGCUGCUGAGAAGUAUUUAUGCACCUCAGAAUUUUUACUGUAUCCAUGUGGACAAAAAGUCUCCACCUUCGUUCCUGUCAGCUGUACUGAGAAUCACCUCUUGCUUUGAAAAUGUCUUCAUCUCCAGCCGUUUGGAAAACGUAGUGUACGCUAGCUGGAGCAGAGUGCAGGCAGACAUCAACUGCAUGAAAGACCUAUACAGCAGGAACACCACCUGGAAGUACUUUCUGAACCUCUGUGGCCAGGACUUUCCCUUAAAAACAAACCUGGAAAUAGUCAGGAAGCUGAAGGCCCUGAAAGGAAAGAAUAGCCUGGAAACCGAAAAAACACCAGCGGGCAAGGAAGUGAGAUGGAAGAAGCACCAUGAGGUUGUAAAAGGUGUCUUAGAGAGAACGAACAAGGACAAAGACCCCCCACCAAUUGACAUCCCUGUCUUUUGUGGGGGGGCCUACAUCGUGGUCACCAGAGACUUUGUGGGAUUUGUCCUCAAGGACCCAAAAGCCCUGAAAUUCAUUGAGUGGGCUAAAGAUGGCUACAGCCCGGACGAGUUCCUCUGGGCAACAUUACAGAGGAUGCCUAGCACCCCGGGCUCAAUCCCAAGCAAUUUCAGGUAUGAUGUAACAGAUGUGAACUCCAUUGCCAGGCUAGUGAAAUGGCAGUUUUUUGAAGGUGUGCAAUCCAAAGGGGCAAUGUACCCGCCCUGCAGCGGGAGGCAUGUACGGGCUGUGUGUGUUUACGGGGCAGGAGACCUUGGCUGGAUGCUGCAGCAACACCACCUGUUUGCCAAUAAGUUUGACACAGACAUGGAUCCAUUCGCAGUUCGCUGCUUAGAGAAGUACCUGCGGCACCAGGCCCUGAAGGCAUUGAUUUAGCUUCUGAUCCACCAUGGCAUCACAAUCCCCCCAGAGCAGUUCAGUUAAGGCAUGUCAUCUGGAGCCCACAGCAGCGGAACAACUUAUGUUUGUUCUGCCUGGGAUACAGGUGGCUAUGAUGGCAGGAGCUGCUCGUCUCAAUGCUCUCUGGCACCGUGUGACUCCAACAGGCACUUUUCUCACUGGACUGUUGGGUUAUUUGCAGAAUGAACUGUAGUCACAUUAAUGUGGGUGUAUCAUGUACUGAAUUGGCAGUUGAAUUCGUUGUGACUUACACUCCUGCAUGAGUACAGUGGUCACUGCAGUGAGUGACAAUAACAUUCACAUCUAUAGUGUUGUUUCCACUGGCCCCCCUCAGCUGCAGGCCUGGCAUUCUACCCAACAUGCUGGCUUUAUUCCACUGAGUGUCACCCAAUGCUCAAAUGCUGCUGACCCCAGAACAUUCUUAGACUUGAAAGCUAAACUUGAUCUGAACCAGAUUAGGCCAGUUUUUGUCUGGAUAUAAGCAGUGGGUUUGCUGGCUAACUUUGUGCAGCUGCUCUCUAGUGUAUGAAUGAGAAAGACAUCCUGUUGCCUGUGCUUUUGAUUUGACUCUUUUGGAAGGACCACAAAGGAAGGAUUUAUGCUGAUUAUGGUUAGACCCACCAUGCAGUCCAGGAUCUAAAUAUUCAUUUUCUAACAUGAAAUAUGUUAGCAAUACCAUGGCUAGGAGUAUGCUAAAAGUGCCAGGCUGUGGUAUUUUGCAGUAUUAACCUGAUUAAUUCCACUACUGCCCUAUCAGGGCUGGGCCUGUUUGGUGGGUCAGUUUGCCAUGGAUAUGCCUCCUGUCCAUCUCGGGUAUACCUGGUCUACAGCCAAGGGGUGUCAAUGGAAAUGUCUCAGGUACACAUGAUUUACAGAUUAAGUGGAUCUGUGGAAACAACUCCGGUAUAGCUAGCAUACUCAUUCCUCACUGAGUGUCUUUUAAGUGCAUUUUUAUUGGCAGUUCACAAAGCUCUGCACAGACAUUUUGUCCCU